AUGGCGACGACGACGACGCCGUCGCUGCCGUGCGCCGUCUUCGACCACGGCACCAUUCUGCAGCGGACACCGGCGACGGUGAGGAGCACCAAGCGCGCGCGGAGCCAUGGCGCGCCGUCGACGACGCUACCAGACGACGCCCUUAAACCACAAGAGAGAAGGUUGAGCUGUGAGAGACAGCCAAGAAGAAGAAGAAGGCGCUGCGAGGAGGCGGCGCCAACAGCCCUCCUGGAGAUCUUCGCCCGGCUGCCGGCCAAGUCGGUCGGCCGCCUGCGCUGCGCGUCGCGCUCGUGGGCCGCCACGCUCACGUCGGCCCCCUUCGUGGACCUCCACCUCCGCGAGGCCAACCGGCGUCGGCAGCCGACCCCCAAGCUCUUCUUCACCACGGCACACCCGGACAACAUAUGGCAACACGACGAGGUCCUCACCAAGCCCUGCCAUGGCCUCGUCCUGAUCCGCGGCCUGCCCUACCACCGCCACUUCGUCUGCAACCCGAGCACCGGCGCGCUCCUGCCCCUCCCCGACAGCCGCAUGUCCCGGCGGCUACAGCCCGGCCACCAAGGAGCACAAGGUGGUGCGGCUCUUCUCCUCCUUCCGCUCCACCCCCUGCUGCGAGGUCUUCUCGCUCGACGUGUCGGCGCACUGGAGAGCGGUAGCUCGGCGAUCUCCACCCUCGCGCGCCGCCGUGCGAGAUGACCCGGCCGAGUUGUGCGACGGGUAC